UGCACGUAUGUUCCAUUGGAGCGGGUAUAGCCGCUGACAUGUACGACACCAGAAGAACUGGUGGAGGAACUCGCACCGUCCGAUUUCCUAGUCGGCGCAGAGCGCGUGUGCGGCUGCACGUAUGUUCCAUUGGAGCGGGUAUAGCCCCUGACAUGUACGACACCCGAAGAACUGGUGGAGGAACUCGCACCGUCCGAUUUCCUAGUCGGCGCAGAGCGCGUGUGCGGCUGCACGUAUGUUCCAUUGGAGCGGGUAUAGCCCCUGACAUGUACGACACCCGAAGAACUGGUGGAGGAACUCACACCGUCCGAUUUCCUAAUCGGCGUAGAGCGCGUGUGCGGCUGCACGUAUGUUCCAUUGGAGCGGGUAUAGCCCUUGACAUGUACGACACCAGAAGAACUGGUGGAGGAGCCUACGGCGCUACCAGUAGAUUUGCUAGAAGAACUUGUCCCGCUUGAUCGUGCUGUUGGUGCACUUCUCGUAUACCCGGACACGUAGGUUCCGUUAGAUCUGUAGUAACCACUAACCUUCACGCUUUUACUCAUGAUGAUUUUCACUCAGUCGUACUAGUGGCCCUUUUUCGUCAGUAGAACUAGCUAGUCUUGCCAUCUUUUAUCGCAAAACGGAAAUGGCGUGCCGCGGCCAAACCAUCUUUCCUCGAACCAGCAUGCCUUUCCCCUCCGGCCUUCCACGUGCGCAAAGGGCGGGGCCACGCAACUUUUAAUUAUACGUACGUAUACCAACGGCGUAAAACCAACGUACAAAAAUGGACGUAUCUAUCUGAUAUGCGCAUGCGCACACAGGGCAAAACAGAGACGCACAUGGCAUUUAUACUGUACAAGAUUAACCGCCUGCUUCUUCCAUAUGGGAGAUGUUCAUAUUAUGUAAUCUUGUUACACAGGAACAACAGGCAAUAGGAAACCUGAAGACUUUGCAGGAUUCCCAGAGCCAAAGCUGGUUAAUCUGAUCAAUAUAGUUGGUGUUAGAGUAAAGGUGAAGUGGAAAAGCAUAGGACUUGGGCUUGGUUUCGAGGAUUCUGAACUUGAUGGGAUUUACGCCACAAAGUGUAGAGAACUGGACCCUCCUCAAGAGUGUAUGACAGAGGUUUUUAGCCAGUGGCUGUCUGGUUUGAAAAGUGAAUACUCGUGGAAGAAACUGGCAGAAGUUCUUGUACUGCCAGCAGUUAAUGAAAUUGAACUUCUGGGUCACAUGUACCAAGAACUUACUAAUAAGAAGUAGAACUCUGACAGUGGUAUUGAGGGUAUUGAGUUUCAUCGAUACUUGAUGCUGUAUUUUGUAAUAUGAGGUAUCAUGUAAUAUGGAUCAAGUAGUGCAACUAAGAGUUGAUAAGAUGUACAGUGCAUGUUUGUUGGUUGUGUGUAGGAACUACUGGUGGGAAAUGAGUAUUAUACAGCUGUUGCUAAUGGUGGAGUAGUGGAAAGAGGUCAAGGGACCUGCUUAUACAGGAAGUGACAUCGCAACAAUAAAACUGCUAUAUACGCAGCUAGGCAGGGCCAAUAGUUGUCCAACAAAAUGGCUGGCUGUGACACUCCACAGUACCUGGCUGUGCAGAAGAAUCAAGAUAUACUAGAAAGAGCUUUAAUGGGAGCUGGAGCAGAAAAAGGUUUGCUGACACAAUAUAAAAGUCAUGGAUGGGUUGACCAACUUGCCAAUAUGAAAGCUGAUGAGCUGAUUACAAACGCCCUGACCAAAAUUGAAAUCAAAGUCGAGAAUUAUGACGUGUUUAUUGAAAUGCUGCGGAAAUUAAAGGCAUCAAAGAUGUUGUGGACAUGAUCAUAGAACAGUGCCCAUUAAAGUCUGCAAAAGAUCAAACUUUUGCUACACCCCUUUUCACUAACCAAGCUCAGCUACAAGAUGCUGUAAAAUCAAUGAUGGAGGAGCACUUGAAUCUAUACCCCUGUGAUUAUUGUGGGCGGCAGUUUGCUGAUUACUCGGAAUGCCUAGUUCAUCAGGAACUUCAAUGUCCCUCUGCACCUCCCACCUGUGAUCAUGCUGGUUGUGAUGUGGGUUCAUGCAAUCAGAAAGAAACUGGAUCAGAGUGCAAUAUCAAUCCUGAAGACUUCAUUGGAUUCCCAGAACCAGAGCUGGUUGAUCUGAUCAAUAUAGUUGGUGUUAGAGUAAAGGUGAAGUGGAGAGACAUAGGACUUGGGCUUGGUUUCAAGGGUUGGGAACUAAAUGGGAUUUACGCCACAAAGUGUAGAGAACUGGACCCUCCUCAAGAGUGUAUGACAGAGGUUUUUAGCCAGUGGAAGUCUGGUUUGAAAAGUGAAUACUCGUGGAAGAAACUGGCAGAAGUUCUUGUGUCGCCAGCAGUUAAUGAAAUUGAACUUCUGGGUCAUAUGUACAGAGAACUUAAGAAGUAGUAGAAAUUUUAUACUCGGACUAUAAUGCAUAAACUGUGGUAUUGCUUUGAAGUA